CUAGAAGGCUUAGGCCAACCGUCGUUGUUGGUCUCCAGUCUUUAAACGAAUUUGUCGAAGUGUGUUGGCUGUGUCAGUCAUAGCGCGCGGGUCUAUCGUAUAUUCGAGUUCUCUUAAUUCCACUACUACUACCGAACCGUCCCGAGUAACAGUCCAACUAAAUUUUAUAUUUGCUCUAUAAUUGAAUCGAGUGUAUUCAGUUCAUCUGGUGAGUUAUAGUCAAAAAUUCAAAAUAAAUCAAAAAGUGCAGGUGUUGUGCAGUGCAGGUAACCGUUUGAUGCGCGAAAGAAAUAAACUCUUAAAAAAUUUAAUAGUCAUAUUAAUAUCCUCAACUAAAAAGAUUUACAAUAAAUUCAAAUAUAAAAUUAUGAACUACAUAAAAUAAUCGUAAGAUCAGGAAUGAACUAUGUUUACGGCACCACCAAUAGUGCGGAAAUCAAACAACCAGACUUGGAUUAAAUGUAUUGCAGAAGAUUAGAAGACUUGUUCAAAAUGAAUGAGGUUUCAAACAGCACGAACGGAAUGACAUAUAAUUCCCCGUUUAUUUCUAACAACCAAAAACAGUUCAGAUUAGACAUUAUAAAUUGUAACUUGCCAGAAGAUACCUCGCAUUUCACGAUCUCUGACAAAAAGUCUCCUAAACUAGCAACUUAUUAUUUCAAACACGAAGACACUGACUCCAGUAUGGAAAAAAGUGAGCACAAUUAUUCUUUAUGCGAACCAGAUACUGAAAAUGAAACUAAGGGCAAUAAUAGAGAAACAAACCACCAUUUCGAAGACAUACCUAAUUGUUUUAAAGAUAAGAAAGAAACAGAAAAAAAAGAAGAAUUUAGUCACAUGACGCCAGAAAUUAAAGUAGCGCGGAGAAAUAUUAACAAACCCACACAUAGUAAUCGAGGUCUUCCAAGACCCAAAUCGCUUUCCGAGGAUACCAUACGAGUACUGGUCCAAAAAGCAGAAGAAUUAGUUAGCACAGAUAAACGACAUAAACUAACGAAAGUAAAUAAAUGGUUGAAAUUAGAAAAACCAGAUGACAGUUGCGACGCCAGCGGCGAAGAUGACGAAAAAGAAUCUCAAACUUCAGAUGAUCUCGAUGCUAGUACUGCCACAUUACGAGGGGGUGAUUAUUCUUUGACCGACUUAACAGUUACCAGUAAUGGAAGUAGACAGUGGUUGGGAUCAAUUUCAAGAUUUAACGAUGUUGUUUCUACACCUGGUAUUAACAGUUUUUCGAUAUCAGAGUCUGCACUUCAUAAAAUGAUCCUGUCGCAGAAAGAUCUUCCUACCUCAUACACUACAGUUAGUACUAAUAACGUUAACUCCAACAAUUCUACUUCUUCCACAGUCGAAGAAGUAUUACCGUUGAUAGUGGAAAAAACAUCACCAAUAAGAAAAAAGAAAUCGAAAUUAAAGAAAAGGACAUUGUUUGUAAAAUCCGACACCCACCUCUUAUCCAAUUCUUGUCAAAAAAUCAAAAGUUAUCUCAUCAAAUCCGGAUCUUUCCCUGGAUAUAGUACAAUGGCUUCUAAUAGCAACGAGAACGAUUCCAAACAUGAAACAUUUACUGAACAGACUUUUGUACCACCGGGGAACAGCGAGACUUCAACAACCAGUGGUGGAGACAGCGAGGACGACAAUAAGAGAAGGCCCCUAAAUUUCAAAUAUGGUGGAAAAACGCGUUAUUUAACUAAUGAACCGUUAAGAACUGACAAGCUAGGUAAAAACAGUAUAAAUGCCGAAGAACAGUCAAGUUCUCUAUCUGAGCAAGCAUGGGACAACUAUCAGGAAAAUUAUCUUUCUGAGCCUUAUAGUGAAUCUCAUGAUUCAGAUGCGGCGCGAAGACUUCUAAACUUCGGCGAAGACUACAGGAACUUCAUCGAUAGUCAAUCUGACUGGUCAGCAUUUUCCGACAUCUCACCACGAAUGAAACGAAAAUCAUGGCCCCAGCGAAACGACGAAGGCUCUAAUAGCGAGGAAGAGUCUUUGAAACAAAUAAUUAGUGACUCUAAAGAACAUCUGAAUCGAGCUGCGCAAAUUUAUGACCAGAUUAAAAUGGGGACAUACAAUCAUAUGGUUACUCAGGAAAUCGAUGAUCUCAUAUCUACAUGCGAUCGACAUAUAAAUUUAUUGAAACACAUGAGUGAUUCUUCUGACGGAUUAAAAAUGUCAUACGUGGACAAAGCAGUCACAACAGGGUUACUGGAUCAAUGGAGAGUUUUAAAAAUCAAAAGCUCAUCCAUGGACGAAUUUAGAAAACUCCAUAAACAAAUUUUGGAAUUAAAAUCUUUCAUUACAACUCAGAAUUUCGCUCAAAGAAAAAUCAACAUUUCACAACACUGCGGUAUUGAAGAUAUCUACAAUGAAAUCGACUCUUGCAAUAAACUGUUGGAAACUCUGUUAGAACAUGGUUCAAAUCUUGCCUCUCUUAACGCUUUGGUUCAUCGGUACUCUCUAGAUAAUCAAGACUCGGAAGAAUUUAGUGGGACUACUUUGAAAGCAGAAGUUUCAGAAUUGUACGAAAUGUUCGACCACGCACGUACCUGUCUUACUGAUGAAUUAUGCCAGCUGAAAAGCCUGUUGCCGGUGUGGAGAACACUGGAAUCGAGGUUAGAACAACUCCAAAACGAUCUAAAAAAGGACGAGAAAACGAUUCAAGUCCUUAACUCCUGUUUGACAAAUGGAACUUUUACCGUUAAGACCGCUUCCACAGUUCGAGAGGUUGCGAAAUUAUUGUCAGAAUCUACUACAUCAAUCACUCAGCCCAUACAAGACAUUUUGAUGGAGGGGUCAUUCUCCGAUAGUGGUAUAUCCGACGAAGGAUCUGAACAAGAGAUCGGUGAGAGACAACGAAGGUUGGCCGCUAUUCGGCGUUUAGUUCGACAAUUAGAGAUCGGUUUACCACCAGAUUCUAAAGCUCGAUUGAUGAUGAGAGAAAAAUUGUCAGCAGCUGAAGAAGAUUUAAAAUCUUUACAGCUUCACUGCAGAUCUCUUAUUGCACGUACCUCAGCAUGUUCAGGAAGCUUUGUUGAUAAAUUGAGAUCUGUUCCGGAAGAAGAAGCAGCCUUGCGUGUAUUUAAAACGGCACCCGGAGAUCCAGAUAGCGAUCCCGAAAGGAAUCCCAACGGAAAGUCAUGGUUUAGACGUUUCUUCAAAGUAUCUUUCACAAUUCAGCUGAUUCUAAUUACUUUCUUUUGUUUGAGUUGUUUAUUUGAACCAAGUUGUUGCGACUACAUGAAUAACUAUUCUUGGUCGCUAAGUCCUAAACUACAUUACGGGGCUCGCCCGCCAAUAUGAACGGUACUUAUAGGGUAAUAUUUAAUUACGAAAUUUUCAAUUGAUAUCAUAAAACCAGUGAAAAUUCAUUUAUUUCUAAGUGACUUUUUGAAUGGUAUUGUCAAUUUCUCCAUGCUGAACUGAGUGCCUUUACUAUAAAUGACAAAGCUUUCAAAAAAUUAAAUAUAAAAAUCAUAUUUUUACAUCUCAAAUCUUUAAUCACUAUAGACCUUAUUACAGAUUGCAUUAAAGUAGAAGUAUAAUAAUGAGAAAAUAUUCAAGUAACCAAUUUGAAUAAUUUCUCUAUUUGAAAUUUUGACGUUUCGACUUUUCUUUGAGUCUUUAUCAAAAUAUGAUAUUGACACUGACAAUUUGCGUAUUUAUAUUGAUCAAGAACAUUUAGAUGCAUUUACUACAACCGUAAUAUAUUAAGUAUAUUUUGUUAAUUUAGUCUUUUAUAGGAGUUAAUUCUAUUUUAAUAGGAAGACGGCAAAAUGACAUUUUCUCUUCAUAUCGAGUCACUGCUUACAUUACCAAUACUCAAAAUUGUACUGUCUGAUGCGCGUUUCGAUAACCAUGUUAUCAUCUUUAGAGACUGAAGGUAAAGAAGUAAACAGAAUAUUUUUCCAAAAUCUUGCAUUUUUGUAAAAAAUGAGGAACUUUAGCAGAACGUCUUGGCUCUAAAUCUAAUUGUUUUAAUCGUCUUCUGGCCGUUUGUGAACUCACAUUAGUUUAUCUUACGUUUUGUAGCUCAUUUUUACAUGCGUUGAUGUUAACGUACGAUUUAGAGUAUCAAAAAGCGGUCGUUGUUCAUACCUUUUGCGUUCUUGGAUGAUAUUUUCCUUGUAAAAUCUUCAUUUUGUUCACAUUGUUUCAAAACAUUGGAAUCUAAAAAUUAAGUUAUCGCAUUGUCUUUCUAUGAAUAUCCUUGGCUAUGUACAGUAUGGAAUCGACUAUAUUAUAGUUCCUAGCACAUAAUAUGAGGAAUAUGGGUGCAGCAUUGGUGAGAUUAAAUAAUUUUUUCUGAAAGAGCUCAAUUUAUCUCCUAAUGUAUUAUGUAAUGCGGAUGUUUCCUGUUUGCAGCAAUAUUUUCACGGCGUGAAGUUACCAAUAACAUUUAAUUCAAGUAACUAUGAUUAUUGAAAAUAUUUGCGUAACAUGCCAAAAAGUACCUAUUUCAUUUUAGCUAUUUAUUUUAUAAACGAAUCAGUAUUUGUUUAUUGUUAUGUGGUUAAAUAAAAUUUAGAUUUUCUAGGUCUAGUACUGCUCCGUAUGUAGAAAUACCUAAUUUAUACGGUCUCUCGAAUGUAUGACUAAAUAUUUUCGUAAAUACGAAAUGCUUCUCUGUAUAUUAGUCAUUAUGAUUGUUGUUAAAUUUAAUAUAAUUAUAUAUGUAACCCCUUCCUUCAAAGGAGGAAAUGGUACAGAAAUGUUAGUACAAUUGUAUUGAUUUCAUUCACUGUAAUUAUAUGGAUUAAUAUAUGAUAUAUUUUUUAAUUA